AUGAUAAAAAAUUACGAUGAAUUAAAAAAUAAACUUCGUGAAAGACUGACAAAAGAACUUGAUGAAAUUACUCAUCUAGGUGAUGGACCGAACAUCAACGGUGAUAGAACACCACGCCAAACACCGUUCCAAGAUGUGCCGACUACAAACGAAAGAAAAACGCCUACGGAUGAUUCAAGCGUUUGUUUUGAAUUAGUUUAUGCAUGUAUUGAUAAACGACGAAAUUUUUUAAAUAUUGUCAGUUUAAAUUCACAAAGUCCCGUUGAGCCUGAUAUUGAUUUAGUGAUUUUAACAGCUUUAUUAAAAGCGUCUUCCGAUUCUCGUUCGCGUCAAACAAUUAACCAACGCGACCUUGAACAAUUUCGUUUAGCAUUGCUAUGGAAUCGUGUCGAUACUGCGAAAACUUUUAUUAUGAAAGAUGAUCGAGAUUGGGAAGAACAGAAUGAUAUUGAUAAAAUCAACAUUGAAAAUAUUAUUUUAGCUGCAUUUAACCGUGCAAAAGAACUAGUUAGUAAUUUGAAUAUAUUACCUUCAUUAAAUGAAUGCAAUGCUUGUGAACUUAAUGGUUUAAGUAAAAAUAUAUCUGAUAGUAUUAGAUUCAACAUUAAUUCGGACAAUUAUUUAGCAACGGAUUCAGGUUCUUCAUCAGAUUCUGAAUCUGAUUAUGAUGAUGAAGCAAUGGAAAGUAAUGAAUUUGAUAGUGAUCUAAUCAAUGUGGAUGAAGAAGAUAAAGAUGCGGCAAUGACACAAAACUUUGAUGAAAUUAAAACUGAGAAAAUAAAUUUUACUGGUAUGCGUAUAUUCGAUUUGAUUAAUCCAGCAAUGAAAAACUCCUAUUUGCAAGUGCAAAUAAAUAACAAGACUAAAUUUAUACACAAGCAAACGGCUUGUUGGUUAUUGACCGACAAAGUAUCUGAGUUAAAGAUUAUGUUUGAAUUCGCCCUCAUGCGUGAUCGAACAAAAUUUGUUCAAUUAUUUCUUGAUCUUGAUUUUUCAUUAACUGACAUAUUUCAAGAUAAUGAGAAACUUGCACAAUUGUAUGCGGAAAGCAUUAAAGAGGAUGACCUACGUAAUUCUUGUGGUGAUUCAUUACAAAAAAUCUAUGACAAAAUAAUUAAACCAAAAAUAGGCGCUAUUUUUAAAGUCGAACCUGCUUUAUACUCACAAAAAUUUGCUUCUCUUAAUCAAUUAGAUAAUGAUAAUGAUAUGGGAACAUGUUCCUGUUGUAUGGCACUAAGGGAAGAUCAACAUCAUCAGCCUCAAACACACCCUGAUCGUACUAAAGGUUCUCCAUCAGAAGGUGAGUUUAUUUUUUAA